AUGAACAUUCAAGAUGCAAACAUUGCCAAUGCAGAACGAGACGCCGAUCCGGUUCGCUGGCACGAUUACGACCCCAACAAUGUCCUCGAGGCAAGAAGCGAUCAACUGCACGCCGAAGAAGUAGAGCGAGAAAAUUCAGUCAGCUCUUCAGGCUCUUCAGUCCGGGAUGGAUCCCAAAUCCAGCGACAUCGAUCCUCGACAAUUGUCAGCAGGUCGUCGACUCGAAUGGAAUAUGAACUCAUGGAGUAUCUCGACAGGCAUCCUACAGCCAUUAAGCGUAUACAGGAACAUCGUCUUCAACAUUCCUUGACUGUCGGAUCGAUCAGAAAUUCCAACCGCGAGAACGUUCAGCUGCCGAGCUUUGGAGGCAAGAAACCCUACCCUCCACCCCUGCCGGACCAAGAAGAAUAUGUGGUGGAGUUCGAUGGUCACGACGACCCUCGACAUGCGAUGAAUUGGCCCACCAAGAAGAAGAUUUACAUCUCCAUGAUCCUCAUCUUCGACUCUCUAGCGGCAACCUUUGCAUCAUCCGUCUUCUCGCCUGCGACUCCAUAUGUAGGCCAGGACUUUGGUUUGGGACGAGAAGUGGUCACGCUGGCAACAUCUUUGUUCGUUCUUGGAUACGCAGUGGGCCCGGUUGUAUUUGCCCCUAUGAGUGAACUCUACGGUCGUCGCAUACCAAUCAUCCUCGCCGCGUUUUCUUUCGGUAUUUUCGAGAUUGGUGUGGCCGUGGCGAAGGAUUAUCAGACCUUGGUCAUUUGCAGAUUCUUUGCUGGUUUCUUCGGCUCAUGUCCUUUGGCUGUAGUCGCGGCCGUAUUUGCUGACAUGUUCAACAACCGAGUCAGAGGCUUCGCGGUCGCUCUGUUCUCGGCAACUGUCWUCAUGGGUCCUCUGAUGGCUCCAUUCAUCGGAGGCUUCAUUGCAUCGUCUUACUUGACUUGGAGAUUCUGCGCAUACAUUCCUGCUUUCAUGGGGUUUGCGGCGGGCACGUUGGCACUUCUAUUUCAAGAGGAGACUUACGGACCGGUCAUCCUUGUGAGCAAAGCAUCAGAACUUCGUCGAUUGACACGAAACUGGGGAAUCCACGCAAAGCAAGAAGAAGUCGAAGUGGAUCUCAAAGAGCUGGCCGUCAAGAAUAUCGCCAGACCAGUCAAAUUGUUGAUUACAGAGCCGAUCAUACUUUACAUCACCAUCUAUAUGAGCUUCCUCUAUGGCAUCUUGUAUCUUUCUCUCACGGCGUACAGCAUCAUCUUUAGCGAUAUCUAUGGCUUUGGCCCUGGAAUAUCUGGAUUGCCAUAUUUCGGGAUGAUUGCAGGAGUUCUCAUCGGCUUGGCCGCAGUGACAAUAGACCUUCCUCAAUACGCCAGGAAAUUAGAAGCCAAUAACAAUAUUCCAGUCCCGGAAUGGAGAAUGCCAGUGACAAUGGCCGGGGGAAUCAGCUUCACUGCUGGACUUUUCUGGCUCGGGUGGACKGCUUCGCCAGACAUCCACUGGAUCGUUCCAACCCUCUCGGGAUUAUGUCUAGGCUUCGGAAUCUACACCGUCUUUCUUCAAUGUCUAAACUACCUCAUCGACGCCUACCUAAUGUUCGCCGCAUCCGCAAUCGCAGCCAACACAAUAAUGCGCAGUCUCUUCGGCGCCAUCUUCCCGCUUUUUGCAACAUACAUGUUCAACGGUCUGGGAAUCAACUACGGCAUGACUUUGCUAGGAUGUGUCUCUGCGUUGUUCAUUCCCAUGCCUUUUUUGUUCUAUUUCAAGGGAAAGAAGAUUCGUGCUAAGAGUAAAUUUGCUCCGGCGCCGGAUCUUGAGCAGGAUAGUCAGAGGAGGAGGGAUGAGGAGAGUCGUGGGGGGAGUGGGAGUGAGGGGGAGGGAGGGGGGGAGGGGAGACUCGGGGAGAUGGAGAGGAAGGAGGGGAAGGAGAGGAAGGAGGUGUAA